ACUAUCAAAAAACUUCAAAAGGUGAUUGGUUUUGGAACAUUUGCAUUCUUUGCUUACCCAACUCCAACACCACCAGUCCACCAUCACUUCGGCCGCUCUCCUCCGCCGCCAUUGCCACCACUUCUUUCACUUUCUCAAAACCUCAAUAACAAGAAACCACAAAAACCAAAGUAUCUCAAUCUUUAAAUCUCAAACAACACUUUUUAUUCACACUAAAUUCACUCUACAAAGCUACAUUUCUCAAAGGCUAUAAAGGGUUUUUCAAGUAAUGGACCGUCGAUGGCCAUGGAAGAAAAAAUCAUCCGAUAAAGCUGCUGCCGCCGCCGCUUUGGCUUCAGUUGCAGCUCAAACUGAUCAGGAUACCUACAAAAAAUCGAAGUUUGUUCAAAUUUCGGUGGAAUCAUAUUCGCACCUCACUGGUUUGGAGAAUCAAGUGAAAAUAUACGAGGAACAAGUCCAGACAUUGGAGGAUGAGAUUAAGGACUUGAAUGAAAAGCUCUCUGCGGCCAAUGCAGAGAUUACUACCAAGGAAGACCUGGUGAAACAGCACACUAAAGUUGCAGAAGAAGCGGUCUCGGGUUGGGAAAAGGCUGAAGCAGAAGCCUUGGCAUUGAAAAAUCAUCUCGAAUCUGUUACCCUUUUGAAGCUCACUGCUGAAGAUAGGGCUUCGCAUUUGGAUGGUGCUCUUAAGGAGUGCAUGCGACAAAUCCGAAAUCUGAAGGAAGAACAUGAACAGAAGUUGCAAGAUGUCAUAAAUAGCAAAAACAAACAAUGUGAAAAGAUUAAGCUCGAGCUUGAAGCUAAGAUAGCUAAUUUAGAACAAGAGCUCCUUAAGUCUGAUGCUGACAAUGAUGCAAUUUCUAGGUCUUUGCACGAACGUUCUAACAUGCUGGUUAAGAUUACUGAAGAAAAAUCAUUAGCUGAGACCGAGAUUGAGCUUUUGAAGGGUAACAUUGAAUCAUGUGAAAGGGAAAUAAAUGCACUGAAGUAUGAGCUGCAUGUAGCUUCCAAAGAGCUAGAAAUUCGUAAUGAAGAAAGGAAUAUGAGCAUGAGAACUGCAGAAGCAGCUAACAAGCAGCAUAUGGAGGGUGUCAAAAAGAUAGCAAAGCUAGAAGCAGACUGCCAAAGACUGCGUGGUCUUGUGCGGAAAAGGUUGCCCGGCGCUGCUGCACUUGCUCAAAUGAAGUUAGAGGUUGAGAGUUUAGGACGGGAUUACGGAGAUACUCAAAUAAAGAGGUCUCCCUCCCGGCCUUCUAGUCCACAUGUGCCCGCUGUGACAGGCUUCUCCCUUGACAAUGCACAGAAAUUCCAGAAAGAGAAUGAGUUCCUCACGGAACGAUUAUUAGCAAUGGAAGAAGAAACAAAGAUGCUGAAAGAAGCUUUGGCAAAGCGUAACAGUGAACUACUGGCUUCUAGGAAUCUGUGUGCUCAGACAUCUAGCAAGCUUCAAACUUUAGAAGCACAAUUCACCUUCAGCAACCAACAAAGCAGCUCCUCAAGAGCUAUUCAGAUUCCUGAAGUCUACUUAACUCGAACUGCUAGCAGUUCUCCAAGUGUGGCUUCUGUAUCUGAAGAUGGAAAUGAUGAUAAAAAAAAUUGUGCCGACUCGUGGGCAACAGGUGCGACCUCUGAGCUAUCUCAAUUCAGGAAGGAAACGAGCAUUGAGAAGUCGAAUAGAACUGAAAAUGAAAAGCACCUGGAUCAUAUGGACGAUUUUCUUGAGAUGGAGAAGUUGGCGUGUUCUUCAAAUGAUUCUACUGCAAAUGCUGCAAUAAACAUUUCAGGUUGUACCAACAACAAUACAUCGGAAACUGUUAAUGGUGGUGAUGCUUUGGGAGAGAUUUCUUGGAAGGAACUCCAGUCUGAAAAGCAGCUUGAUCUACCACCAACAGCAAACGGGUCUAUGAACAUGGAUUUGUCAGAAGUUUAUCAUGAAUCUAAUGCAGACAAAUUGCUUGUUAUGAAGCUUCGAUCAAAGCUCUCUAUAGUGCUUGAAUUAAUGUCUAAGGAUGCUGAUGUGCAGAAAAUUCUUGGGGACAUCAAACGUGCUGUCCAGGAUGCACAUGACAACCUGAGCCAGCACUCUGUCAUUGGUGUUUCUGAGGAAGUGGUGCAUGAGUCUGGUGGCACAUGCAUUGGGCGGGAUCAUCCGGAAAAUGGUAGCUUAACUGAAGAGAAGGACAUCACUAUGCCCCCAGGUACUAAGGUGACUUCAGAAACUUUGCAAACCGUAAGUCGAGAACUAGCUGCCGCAUUAUCUCAGAUUCAUGACUUCUUACUGUCCCUGGGGAAAGAAGCAAGGGCAUUUGACGAUAUCUCUUCCGAUGGCAACAGCUUAAGCCACAAAAUCGAUGAGUUGUCCAUCACCUACAAUAAGGUCUUAUGCAGCAAUAUGAGUUUGGAUGAUUUCGUUUUCAAUCUUUCUACUGUUUUAGCCAAAGCCAGUGAAUUAAGAUUCAACGUGCUCGGCUACAAUAGUAGUGAUGUGGAAAUCAAUGGUUCUGAUUGCAUAGAAAAGGUUAUUUUACCAGAGAAUAAGGUAAAUCAAAACAAUUCAUCCGAAGGAAGAUAUCAAAAUGGUUGUGCUCACAUUUCUAAUUUGACUUCCAAUCCUGAUGUUCCCAAUGAAGGAAACAUUGUCUUGGAAUAUGAAUCAAAACAGAUGAGCAGCAUCUCUUUGGACGAGUUCAAGGAAUUGAAGUUGGAGAAAGAAAACAUGGAAAUGGAUCUUUCUCGAUGUACUGAAAAUCUGGAGAUGACCAAGUCCCAAUUACAUGAAACUGAGCAGCUUCUAGCAGAAACAAAAUCUCAAUUGGCUUCUGCUCAAAAACCAAACAGCUUGGCCGAGACACAGCUCAAGUGCAUGACAGAGUCGUAUAGGUCACUUGAAACGCACGCAGGGGAGUUGGAGACCAAGGUGAACCAUCUCAGUGAAAAAAACGAAAAUCUGGAAAAUGAGCUUCAAGAUGAAAAGAGAAGUCACCAUGAUGCUUUCGCCCGAUGUAAGGAACUAGAAGAACAAUUGAAAAGGAAUGAGAAAUGUUCUGUUUGUUCAGCAGCCGAUAAUGACCUCAAGAACAAGCAGGACAAAGAAUUAGCUGCUGCGGCCGAGAAGCUCGCUGAAUGUCAAGAAACCAUAUUCCUUCUUGGCAAGCAAUUGAAGGCUCUCCGCCCUCAGACUGAUAAGAUGGGGUCACCCUACAAUGAGAGGAGUCAGAAGGGUGAAGACGAACCCUCUACUAGCUACUUGAGCUUGCAAGACUUAGACCAGGCGGAGAUAGACACUGCUGCAUCUGGCAACGGAAUCCAAACCAGUGCGGAAUCCUCAUUGGAGUCAUUUAACAAACCAUGCAGCCCUUCCAAUACCGAAGAAAACCUUACGAAAUUACCGGCCGGUUCGAAACAUAGGUCUACCAUGUCAAGCACUUCAUCUUCAACUUCUGCCACAACAACCCCGGAGAAACAUUCGAGAGGCUUUAGCAGAUUCUUUUCCUCCAAAGGAAAGAAUGGUGUUUAAACCAGCAGCAUUACAUGGACAUAAAAAAUACCUACAUAUUUAUUUUACUGGUU